AUGAUAUAACUCACCAAUUAUUUUUAAUAAAGAUUUAACUUGUCUACUUUUAAAAUGAUUAUUCCUUCUUUAGUUCAUUUAAGAAAAGUUAAAAAUUAUGAACAAUAAAUUAACUUAUGGACGGACAAAUCAAUAUUUGUCUUUUUAUGGAGCUUCAUCCACAUAAUGCUGUUUUUAUUUUCUCUUAAUCAUAUAAUUAAUUAAUUUAUUUAUUUAUUUGUCAGAUAGUAUCUGGCUAGCAAGCACCACUUAUAAAAAAAGAAUCCUCUUUAACAGGCUAUAACGCCAUCAUAAUAUAACCAUUUAAAUAUGUUUUUCAUAUGA